AUGAAGUUUUUAUUGGCAGUGGCCUUUUUUAUUUUAAUUUCCUUGUGUAUUGAAGAAGCCUACUCAAAAGAAAAGUCUUCAAAGAAAGGGAAGGGGAAAAAGAAGCAGUACCUAUGUCCAUCGCAACAGUCAGCAGAGGACUUAGCCCGAGUACCCGCCAACUCCACCAGCAAUAUCUUGAACAGGCUGCUGGUCAGUUAUGAUCCCAGGAUAAGACCAAAUUUCAAAGGCAUUCCUGUUGAUGUAGUAGUCAACAUUUUUAUCAACAGCUUUGGAUCUAUUCAAGAGACAACAAUGGAUUAUAGAGUCAACAUCUUCCUGAGGCAAAAAUGGAACGAUCCCAGGUUGAAGCUCCCUAGUGAUUUCCGGGGCUCAGAUGCCCUGACCGUGGACCCCACAAUGUACAAAUGUCUGUGGAAACCUGAUUUAUUUUUUGCAAAUGAAAAAAGUGCCAAUUUUCAUGAUGUCACCCAGGAAAACAUACUUCUCUUCAUUUUUCGAGAUGGAGAUGUCCUUGUCAGUAUGAGGUUAUCUAUUACUCUUUCCUGCCCUUUGGACUUGACCUUGUUUCCCAUGGAUACACAGCGUUGCAAGAUGCAACUUGAGAGCUUUGGUUACACAACUGAUGACUUAAGAUUUAUCUGGCAGUCGGGGGAUCCUGUCCAGUUAGAAAAAAUUGCCUUGCCUCAAUUUGAUAUUAAAAAGGAAGAUAUUGAAUAUGGUAACUGCACAAAAUACUAUAAAGGCACUGGGUACUACACGUGCGUGGAAGUCAUCUUCACCCUGAGGAGGCAGGUGGGCUUCUACAUGAUGGGCGUCUAUGCCCCGACCCUGCUCAUCGUGGUUCUUUCCUGGCUUUCCUUCUGGAUCAACCCCGAUGCCAGUGCUGCCAGAGUGCCCCUGGGAAUCUUCUCAGUACUGAGCUUGGCCUCUGAGUGCACAACCCUGGCUGCAGAACUUCCCAAGGUAUCCUACGUGAAGGCGCUGGACGUGUGGCUCAUCGCAUGUCUCCUCUUUGGGUUUGCGUCCCUGGUGGAGUAUGCAGUCGUCCAGGUGAUGCUCAAUAACCCCAAGCGAGUUGAAGCAGAAAAAGCCAGAAUUGCCAAGGCUGAGCAAGCAGAUGGGAAGGGGGGAAACAUGGCUAAAAAGAGCACUGUGAAUGGCGCAGGCACACCUGUUCACAUCAGCACCUUGCAGGUUGGUGAGACCAGAUGCAAAAAGGUUUGUACGUCCAAGUCUGAUCUGAGAUCUAACGACUUCAGCAUCGUGGGAAGCUUACCGAGAGAUUUUGAAUUGUCCAAUUAUGACUGCUAUGGAAAACCCAUUGAGGUCAACAACGGACUUGGGAAGUCUCAGGCCAAGAACAACAAGAAGCCGCCUCCUGCCAAACCCAUUAUUCCGACAGCAGCAAAGAGAAUCGAUCUUUACGCGAGAGCCUUGUUUCCUUUCUGCUUCUUAUUCUUCAACGUUAUCUACUGGUCUAUAUAUUUAUGA